GCAUAGUAACAACACACCAAUGCUGCCAUGACGCCUCCAACUAUGCACCUGUACUUCACAGUACUUAUAGCAGUAGUUCACGCGUUAAGUAUAGAAAAAGUGAGUGAUAAAAAUAAUGUGACCAAACGUGCAGCAAAUGGAGACUUCUUCCCAGACUGGGUGCCGUUCAAAAAUAAACACGGCGAUGAAUUGGGAGAAUUUCAACAAGUGGCCAAAGCGAAACCUAAGAAACGGCUCGCUCCGCCCGUUAACUUCAUCCUAAGAGCAGUAGCGGAGCCUGAAGGUGAUGAUUAUUAUGAUAAAGGCCAAGGAGAAGGCGGUGAUGGUGACGAAUACUUCGAGAAAAAAGAUUGGUCGGAUCUCAACAGACCUGCCGAACCUGUUGACGGCGUCAAAGUAGUGAACCACACGGAUAUUUCUGAUAUUGAUGGAGUCGUCGAUAUCAUUACCAAAGGCAAGCCUAGUGUCAUUUUAAACGCAUUACAGCUGCAUAAUAAUUCGAAAAAACAAAACCAAGAAGCCCGUGCGCCUGUGAAACCAGUCCAACCUGAAAGUGAUGUCAAAGAAGAAAAAGAGGAAGAAAAGGAGGAAAGGGAAGAAGAAACCACGAGCAAGGAAGAAACUAAGAAAAAAGCUGACAGCAAAGAGGAAAAGCCAAGUGAACCAAGAAAACCUAAGAAGAUUAAAAGAUACGAAGAUGAUAUUGAUUACGAAGAAAGCGAUUCAGAAAAACAAAAACCUGAAGUAGUUGAAGAUGACCAGAGUGAGAAUGAUGCCAAGAAAGCCAGUAUCCUUGACAGUGUAGACGAGCUAAAAGAACGGCAUGCGGAAGAACAAAGGGCCAUUUCUGAAAAAGUGAAAGAGGAGGAAAUAUACACAGAAGAGCACGAGAGAAAUAAAAUUGGAGUUCGUGAAAAACCUGAUAAGUACGAUACUCGCGGGCGUAAAAAAGACUCGGACUAUGACGAAUACGACGAAAAAGAGGUGUCAGUCCAUGAAAAAUACAGGAUGCAUUCUUCCAAAGUAACAACGACAACACGACGACCUAAAACUACGAGGCAUAAAGGCAAAAAGAACGAAGAGGUAGGGAAACUGUCGGUGUUCAAAAACCCUCAAUUGUACAUGGUUUAUGAUGACGACAGCGAAGAUACGACCACGACUAAGAAACCGACGACUCGAUCACGAGCCCAUUCGAGGUUCUCCUCCAAAUUUACGACAGCUACCCCUGAAACUGAGGAGAAUGUCCGUAUCUCCCUCGUUCCCCAAGAUUCCGAAGCCAAAGAAGGAGAACCUACACUGUUCUUUCCAAAGACAAGAAAGAACAAGAAGAAGCGUAAGAACAGGACCACGACUCCUGAGCCUGAUUCGUUCGUGGCUGAGACGGUGGCAGGGUCUUCUGCGAAGGACUUGACCACUGCUGUAGACUUCACCAGCCCAUCAGGAUCCGAUACCACUGGUUCUGGGGCUGGUAUAACGAGCUCGGGGACUGACACGACAGCUUCAAGUCCUGACACGACGGCGUCAGGGUCAGCAGUGUCGGCUUCUGAUGCACUAGCAGCGACUGAUGGUGCGACUGAUGCUGUACCAGCGUCUACCGACCACAAAGACGAGAAGAAAGAAGAGGACUACCAUAAAGAGAAGGGUGGAGGUCGGCAGUAUCACUCUGAGCAUUCCGAGGAACAUAAAGAAACUGGCAAAAAAGCUUAUGAGGGCUUCCACGAGGAUACAAAGACCGCCAAGGGUCACCAUGACAAAGAAGACCACCUCGGCAAGUAUGACGACCGCGGGGGCCACGACAAACACCACGAGGAGGAGUCGGGCCACUACGGCGACCAUCACCACGAGGAGCACGGCAAAAAACACGCCAAGUACGAAGAGUCCGGGAAACACUCGAAAGGCCACAGCACAAAAGGCAGCCACGACAUCCACAAGAAAGAAGAGUACGAGAAAAAAGUCGAGUUCUUCGAAGAAGACGGAGACUCAGACGAAGAAGAAAAACAUGGCGGCUACCACAACGAGCGCGAACACAAAUCGGGCGGGCACUUCAAUAAAGGCAACCUGCAAGCUGGCCACCACCAACACCAUAAAGGGGACAAAGGGCACUUCCAAAAAGGAGGGCACGCGCACGUCGAAAAGGGUCACCGCGUAUCAGGCGGCCACGACGGCCAUGGGAAACACGCGCACGCGAAAUUCCACAAGGAAGGGGGCAAGUCAGGCAAGAAGUGGGUCUACCACCACGGGCACCCAGCCAAAACUGCUAAUCUGGUUGUGAUAGACCGACGAGCUGAUCAGUUCUACCAUGGACCUCAGUACUAUGGGUAGAAUAAUGUCCUAGUUUAGUAGAAUCCUCAGGUUUUUUUUUUCUUUCGAUGUGAUCUUUCUUUUUGUAUUACGUAAGGAUAAUCCUGAUUUAAGU